CUCCUGCCUCAGUGAAGACCCUCUCCCUCUCCUGCGUCUCCCCAGAUCAGCGCCGGAAGUUUCUCGCGCCGUCCUGAGGGAGCCAACGCCAGGGAAUGGGCGGGAAUGGCGUGUUGGUGUGCGCUCCGCUGGAGUGCGAGACCCUGGAAGGGAUGCUGGCCGCCAUGGACAAGGCCAAGGCGCAAGGCGCGGACCUCGUCGAGCUCCGCGUGGACGCCAUGUCCUUCGGCCUCGUGUCCGAGGUGGAGGAGCUCAUCCGGCGGCGGACACUCCCGGCCAUAGUCUCUUUCAGGUUGAAUUCCGCUAGAGCUGCCCAGAAGCACAAUGACAAGACCACUUGCCUGCGAGUGCUCCGGUUGGCGCUCGAAUUGGACGUCGAGUUCGUCGAGAUGGAACAUGAGGUGGUUUCUCACUUCGACAUCGACGAACUGAUGGACAAGCGGUCGAGCAGCAAGAUAAUCGUGUCCAGAUACUUGAACGGCGAGAAACCAUCAAAGGAGAAGCUGGGGAACUUCAUCGCGUCGAUGCAGUCCUCCGGAGCCGAUGUCAUUAAGCUCCUUGUCGAGGUGGAUUACAUCACUGAUUUAGCGCCGAUUUUCCAGCUGCUCACCAGUUGCCAGGUUCCGCUAAUUGCCACCACAGUCGGCGACAGAGGGCUCAUAAGCCAGUUGCUGGGGCCGAAGUUCGGCGGCUUCUUGGCGUAUGGGUCGCUGGAAGGAGCAAUUCCCGGUCUGCCGACGCUGACUAGCCUCAAGCAAGUGUACAAGAUUGAGCACAUGAAUGCGGACACCAAGGUCUUCGGCCUCAUAUCGAACCCAGUCGGGCACAGCAAAGGGCCGCUCCUCCACAACCCGAGCUUCCGACAUGUCGGGUUCAACGGUAUCUACGUCCCUAUGCUUGUUGAUGACAUCGAGGAGUUCUUCAAGGUCUAUACCAGUCAAGAUUUCGCAGGCUUCAGUGUGGGAAUUCCACAUAAGGAAGCAGCAGUUGCUUGCUGUGAUGAAGUCCAUCCACUAGCUAAGUCCAUUGGAGCUGUGAACACUAUAGUAAGAAGGCCUACUGAUGGGAAGCUGAUUGGGUACAACACAGAUUGUGAGGCUUCAAUCACUGCUAUAGAGGAUGCUCUGAGAGAAAGGCAUGCUGCUAAUGAGGAAGCCAGAGCAAUGGACAGCUCUCCAAUUGCAGGGAAAGCAUUUGUAUUGGUGGGAGCUGGAGGAGCCGGAAGAGCUUUGGCCUUCGGCGCCAAGAGUCGCGGGGCCCGAGUCUUCGUCUUCAACCGCAAUUUCAAGAGAGCAAAAGCCCUAGCCAACGCGGUUUCGGGAGAAGCCGUCAGGUACGAACACUUGGACACAUUCUGCCCCGAGCAAGGGAUGAUCCUUGCGAAUGCGUCCGUGGUCGGGAUGGAGCCGCACACCGAUAAGAGCCCUGUUUCCAAGGAGGUGUUGGGAGCAUAUGAGCUGGUGUUUGAUGCAGUAUACACACCAAGGAACACAAAGCUGUUGCAAGAGGCAGCCCAAGCAGGGGCCGUUGUGGUCAGUGGUAUGGAGAUGUUCAUCAGACAGGCCCUUAAUCAAUUCAGACUCUUCACCAGUGGCUUAGCUCCGGAGGAGUUCAUGCGCAAGCUUGUGUUGGAACAAUUCUAGCGGCGCUGCCAAAGUGAAGUGACUAGAAUCAUAUUGAGUUCUUAAUUGAUGAGAAGUCUGUCACCCUUCCAUAUAACACCAUG